AUGACGACCAUGGAUUUGCGCGUCGGUAACAAAUACCGCAUCGGCCGUAAGAUUGGAAGCGGUUCCUUCGGUGACAUUUACCUUGGUACCAACAUCAUCUCGGGCGAGGAGAUUGCCAUCAAGCUCGAGAGCGUCAAAGCCAAGCACCCCCAGCUCGAAUAUGAGGCCCGCGUUUACAAGUCCCUCGCCGGUGGUGUGGGUAUCCCCUUCGUCCGCUGGUUCGGAACCGAGUGCGACUACAACGCCAUGGUCAUUGAUCUUCUGGGCCCCAGUCUCGAGGAUCUGUUCAACUUUUGCAACCGAAAGUUCUCUCUGAAGACCGUCCUCCUUCUGGCCGACCAGCUCAUUUCGCGCAUCGAGUACAUUCACGCCAAAUCCUUCAUUCACCGUGAUAUCAAGCCGGACAACUUCCUGAUGGGUAUUGGAAAGCGAGGCAACCAGGUGAACGUGAUUGAUUUCGGUUUGGCCAAGAAGUACCGCGACCCCAAGACUCACUUCCACAUCCCUUACCGUGAGAACAAGAACCUUACCGGUACUGCUCGUUACGCGAGUAUCAACACUCACCUGGGCGUUGAGCAGUCCCGUCGUGAUGAUAUGGAGUCCUUGGGUUAUGUGAUGCUCUACUUCUGCCGCGGCUCCCUGCCAUGGCAAGGCCUCAAGGCUGCUACUAAGAAGCAGAAGUAUGACCGAAUCAUGGAGAAGAAGAUGACCACACCGACCGAGGUGCUGUGCCGUGGCUUCCCCAACGAAUUCGCCAUCUAUCUCAAUUACACCCGAUCCCUUCGCUUCGACGACAAGCCCGACUACUCCUACCUGCGCAAGAUUUUCCGCGACCUUUUCGUUCGUGAAUCCUUCCAGUAUGACUACGUUUUCGACUGGACCGUCUACAAGUACCAAAAGAAUGCCGCCAUGAUCGUUGAUGCUACCAAGAAAGACAAGGACGAUGAGGCCGCGCGCCGCCAGGCCGCCGCCGCCGCUGCCCCUGCCGGUGCGGCUGGCGGCCGCCAAGCCCGGUGCCAUCUCGGGUCAGCGUCGCAAGGUCAUCGACCGCGGAACUCUCGACAACACUCCGGACACCAACCGUGCCUUGGGAGGAAGUGA